AUGACAAAUGUCUUGGGCGAGGAACAAGUGCUCUAUAACUUGCAACAUGGCUCAUCCAAGGCCACCGCUAAACCCUCCCUACCCUCACUUCCCAAGCGGACGGGAUAUGAGAAAUACCAAGACCCCGGUUAUAUCCCCGAAAUUCAAGCAAAAUCAAGUGUAUGGGGGACCACCGCUACUCAGAAGCCGAAGACUGUUGCGGCUGAGACAGUUCCAAAGGAGCAACCGGCUUCUGAGCCUCCAAAGAAGAUGCUGAGUCUAGAGGAGGUAGAAGCUCAGAUGAGGAUGCAGGCUAUGCGACAAGUACCUCAGCAGCCUCAGAGCCAACCACCUCCCCAACAGCAAUUUACGACCCCCAUGCCCCCUCCAGGCGUCCCUCCAAUGCAAUUCCCCAACCAGUCACUGCUCCACCACCCCGAGGCGCUUGGCCAACUACCCACUGAAGAAUUGAUUUCUCAUCAGCAGUAUCAUCCAAAUAACAUGGCUCCGCCCAUUGGGUUCCCGCAACAGCCACCCUUGCAACAACAGCCGCAGAAACCCAAUUUCCCUCUACAUCUUCUACAACAAUCACAGCAGCAGCAGCAACACCAACCACAACAUCAUCAGCAGCAGCAGGUCCAACAACAGCAACACCGGCAACCGCACCAGGCUGGCCGGCAUUGGGCUGGCCCUGCUCGCCAUCAGGGCAAACCUCAAGGACCAUAUACUUUGGAUCACCCGCUGAUGGGGCAAGGUGGUGUCCCCGCAGCUCUGAAUCCAAAGAUCAUGGAGUUGCCGGAAGAGCAGAGGAAUGCGAUUCUGUUGGAAGAUGCCAAACGUGCAAAGAGAAACCACAAGAUUUUCCUCCUCUCCAAAGGAAACGGCUUAAUGACUCCACAAGACAAGAACUUUAUUACUCGAAUACAGCUUCAACAGUUGGUAACGGCGACCGGCAACACCGGCGACGCCAACCCAGAAUCCCUUCUCACGGAAGAUUUCUACUACCAAGUGUAUAGCCAGAUCCGCGGUGCCCCGCGCCAACAUCCUCGCCAACCCCUUGGUCACUUUGCACAGACAUACCUUUCUCAAACCGGAGGCCGAUCUGGCGGUAACAUGAAUAGAAGAUCCCAUUUCAGCGGCGACAACCACAUGCAGCGCAUGCAACAACAAGUACAGAGGGCUGUUGAAGCCGCCAAGCUAAAGCCAAAGAACAAACAACUCAUAAUUGAAGGGAGCCUGGGGAAAAUAUCCUUUAGCAAUGCCAAGACCCCCAAGCCUUUGCUCAACAUCAAACGCCCUGAAAGUUCUGACGGGCAAAGACCUUCUACCGCAAAGAAAACACAGCUCAGUUCUAGUGAUCGCAAGUCCAUCCUGCAGAAUAUCGAGACUGUUUACAUUACGUUGAUGAACAUGGAGAAUCUUGUACGCUUGAUGCCACCAAUUCCAAACCCGGAAAUAGAAGAUGAAGAGGCGGUAGAACGAUACACGGAAUGGCAACGAAAAAUGCACCACCUAAAAGAGGUGCUAUGGGACAGCACAAAAGUGCUUGAGCCCAUUGACUCUGUCUCUGUCACCAUACACCCAUUUAUCGCAUUUUUGUCGUACCCCAAGGGCAAAAAAGCCAUUCCCCGAAUCUUCCAACAAAUUGACCAGGAACAGCGUAUCACCAUGCUGACCAUGAUUAUCUAUCACUUGGACACAUUGGAUGUUGUAUCAAGAGCCCAGCUACAACCAGGUGAAACUCAACCUCCGGGUCCCGUGCGCGAAGAAAUUGAGCUAUUCAACCAAGCCGUAAUGCCCAGCUUACUCGGCUACGUGAGCGAUGCCCCUAUUCACAUUGUCAUUGGUCUCCUCGGCUUAGUUGUUGAUAAAACUCAGAUUCACGCUAUUGCAAGGACUAAGAUUGGACUUGGAACUUUGACCAUGCUGCUGAGCCGAGCGGAACUAGUCAAAGAAGCUGGUGGUGUUCCAGAGCCGGAAUUGGCGCAGUGGACUAAGGUAUACAAUCGGCUGUUUGACAGCAUGGAGCCUGCGCUCGCCUAUCUAUUCCCGGGUACGAUUAACAGUGGUGAUGACAUGUAUGUUUGGCAAUUCCUUGCUGCUAUGGGUAUUGGUGCAAACCCUGAACAGCAGCAGCGGCUGGUCAUCGCCGUAAAGGACCGAGUCAUGGAAACUGUCGCCCAAAGUAAAACGCUUCCAGCAGAUAUGGCUAGCCAGCGUUUGGGCAAUGUCAACCUGUUUAUGCGGGCUAUUGGACUCGACGUCGAACUCCUAGGAUAA